AUGGGCGGGCGCUACUUCUGGGAUCACGUGACUGCCAGGUCGAGCUGGCACCCGCCGCCGCCGCAGCUGGGGUUCUGGGAGCGGCUGCUGGACUUCAGGACGGGCCGGCCCUACUUUGUGCACCGGCCCACGCAGCUGACGCGCUGGGAGCUGCCCCUACCCCGGGUGGAGGCGCCCGUGGUACCAGUGCCGCCGCCGCAAAUGACGCCGCCUGUGGCGCCGCACGUGGCGCCUACGGCGCCCGCCUCGCCCGGCGGCCCGAAACCGUCUGCCGUGGCAAUUCCGACGCCGGCCACGCCGCCCAAAGCGGCGGCGAAGAUUGCGCCCAGCCGGCGACCUGAAGGUGCCAUCCAGGCAAAGCAGAGGCUGGAGGAGAUCAAAGCGCGACGAAGGGGCCCCUCACGUUCGAUUCCCGACGAUGUCACUGCUUUGGAUUCCAUGAUCGACGGUGACACAGCAGUGGACGCCAUGAUUGACGACAAGACCGCGCUGGAUGCCAUGAUUCAGGCGGCUGCAGACUACAGCAUGGAGGUCCUGCCUGAAGAGCCGCCCCCUCCGGAGUUGGAGGAUCCGUAUCCCGAUCCGCAGGAGUUCCAGGAUGUCUUUGAUGGGGACUUUGAAGGUGAGUUUGAUCCGGGCGAGCAGGAGGGCUUCGGCGUGGAGGAGCUCAGGCUCUUGGACGAGUACCAAGAGCUGCCAGAGAUGGAGGCGGAGUUGCAGGCCUUGGAGGCGGAGAGGUGUGCGGACUUUCUGAAUGCGCCCUUCGCGGAGAGGUCGGACGAGGGUGAGCCAAAAUGGGAGGAGCCGGAGGCCUUCGAGCACCAGAGCUGCGCCGACUUCUUGAAUCGCUAUGGGCACGAGAGGCCAGCCGGAGCAUCGGUCCGAG